AUGACAGACCUGAGUGUGUUCUCCAACUUGGCCACGAUCGGAGGCAGAGCUUUGUACAGUGGCAUCUCUCUGCUGGUCCUGAAGCAGCAGGGCAUCUCGUCGCUGCAGUUCCAGUCGCUCCGAGAGAUCAGCGCCGGAAACGUCCACAUCGCAGAAAACAGCCAACUCUGCUACUACAACACCCUGAACUGGACCCAGCUGUUCCGGACCGCCAACCAGAAAGUCCUGAUCCGCAACAACCGUGGCCACAAAGACUGCUCUCGGGAUCGCAUGGUGUGUGACUCUCUGUGUGCGGACACCGGGUGCUGGGGUCCAGGUCCAGACCAGUGCCUCACCUGCCGCUACUUCAGCCGGGGCCGGACCUGUGUGAACUCCUGCCACCUCCACGAAGGGAUUUGCCACGAAAAGAGAAGGAGAGAAAAGUCAAAAGGAAUGAAGCGGAGCAUGUAUAAAUAUCAGGCCUUGAUCUCUGGGAGUGUUCCUGACCCUUGCAAAGAUUUCAGGAGAAGUCCCCAAAAGUCAUUAUCCUUGUCCGGCAGUGACAAAGGCGGCGUGCCAAGCCCGGAGAUCCGGGAAUACGCCAACGGCUCGGUGUGUGUGGAGUGUGACGCCCAGUGCGACAGAGCGGAUGAGGAAUCUUUGACCUGCAAUGGACCGGGCCCAGAGAAUUGUAUAAAGUGCCUUCAUUUCAAGGACGGACCAAACUGUGUGGAGAAGUGUCCGGACGGGCUGCAGGGCGCCAACAGCUUCAUCUUCAAGUACGCCGAGGCCAACAACGAGUGCCACCCCUGCCACGCCAACUGCACCCAGGGGUGCAUUGGACCCAGACUUCAGGAUUGCAUCGGCUGGAUGGACAGGACACCUUUGAUCGCGGCGGGGGUGAUCGGGGGCCUCUUCAUGGUGGUCAUCAUGGUGCUGACUGCGGCUGUGUCCAUGCGCCGCAAGAACAUCAAGAAGAAGAGAGCUCUGCGCCGCUUUCUGGAGACUGAGUUGGUGGAGCCACUAACUCCCAGCGGCACUGCUCCUAAUCAGGCCCAACUGCGCAUCCUGAAGGAGACCGAGCUGAAGCGGGUGAAGAUUCUCGGGUCUGGAGCGUUUGGGACAGUGUACAGGGGGAUCUGGGUUCCUGAAGGUGAAACUGUGAAGAUCCCUGUGGCCAUAAAGAUCCUGAACGAAGCCACUGGCCCCAAAGCAAACGUGGAGUUCAUGGAUGAGGCCCUGAUCAUGGCCAGUAUGGAGCAUCCUCACCUGGUGCGUCUGCUGGGCGUGUGUUUGAGCCCCACCAUUCAGCUGGUCACGCAGCUCAUGCCCCACGGCUGCCUCCUCGACUACGUCCACGAGCACAAGGACAACAUCGGCUCUCAGCUGCUGCUCAACUGGUGUGUGCAGAUCGCCAAGGGGAUGAUGUACCUGGAGGAGCGCAGACUGGUCCAUCGAGAUCUUGCCGCCAGAAACGUGUUGGUCAAGUCCCCGAACCACAUCAAAAUCACCGACUUCGGCCUGGCGCGGCUGCUGGACGUCAACGAGAAAGAAUACAACGCUGACGGGGGCAAAGUAAGCUCCGACCGCAACUCCUACAAGUUUCAUGGUCAUUAA